AUGGCAAACAAGGUGCUGUGCAUCGGUGACCAGGUCAUCCUGGAAGAAGCUGUCAAUGAGACGUACGUUCCCACCGAGCAAGAAGUCCAGGAUUUUGCACGGGAGAUCGGGAUUGACCCUGAGAAGGAGCCGGAGCUGCUAUGGCUGGCCAGAGAAGGCAUCGUGGCCCCGUUACCACCCGAGUGGAGGCCCUGCCAGGACACCAGUGGCGAUAUCUACUACUUCAACUUUGUUAACGGCCAGUCCACGUGGGACCACCCCUGCGAUGAGCACUACCGAGAGCUUGUCAUGCAGGAGCGAGAGAAGCUGCUGGCGCGCGCCAGCUUGAAAAAGAAAGAGAAGAAGAAGAAGAAAGAGAAGAAAAAGAAAGACAAGAAGGAGAAGCAGUCACUGAAGCAGCCCACUGUCUUGGACACCCUGCUACCACCCAUCCAGGUGCCCGUGGGGCCCCUGGCUCCGCUGCGCGGAUUUUCGCCAUCUCCCGCUGGCAUCCUUCAAGGGUCGCUGAACCUGGAGCUGGGCAGCUCGCUGGACUCCAGCCUUGUCUCCAGAGCAGGAGUGCAGAGUCUCCACGGGACAGCAGAACUGCUCAAAAAGCUGGGCGUGGACAUCAACACCUUGGGCAUCAGCUUGGACUCCGAGGACGAGUCUGAACAAGAGGAGCCAAACUGCGGCAGCCAGUUCGCUGAUGGCGCUGAAGUGGAUCUCCAGCCGCAGAGGAGUCCCGAGGAGGAAGCUGGUAGCCUGCGAGAGAAUGAGUCUCUAAAGUCGAGAUACCCUGAAGAAGGGCAAGAGCUCUCCCUGGAUUCUGACGCUGCGUGCCCUCCGACUCCAGACCAAGUCCUUCCUGGGGAUGCUGACAGCAGCCUGUCUGGCCAGAGCAAGGAGGAGCCCAAUGGGGCACUUGCUGGGAAUGAAGUCCUGGCCCAGCAGGGUGCUGCGGUGGAAGGUGACGUCUCUGCAGCCGAGGAGGUGCCGCAGCCUGUGGGGGAAAGGAGCGCAGCAGGGACAGAUGUGCCCAGCGGUGCUGGGCAGCCUGGGGCCGCAGCCCCCGCUGCCGAGGAGGACGAGCUGGCGAGCCUGCUUUCCAAGGCUUCCAAGACCAGCGACUGUGGGGAGGACUUGCAGGUCUCCAGCCACUCGGACAGCGAGCCGAUUCUGGUUGUGGACCUGGGCUUCGAGAGCCAGCUUUCCAAGGAGAUACUGGAUGCAGAGGCUCUGUCUCUUACGCAGGACAGCCCCUUGUGCAAGGCCCUGGAGCUGGGAGAAGAGAAAAAAGACCAAAGCAAAGCCAUUGUAGAGGAAGAGCAAAGCAAACGAACAGAAGCUGCUGAGAGCGAGAUGGAUCAAAGUGAAGCGUCGGAAGAGAAGAGCUUUGCUUUAGAAAAGCCCGAUGAGGAGGAGUCGGUGGCCCAGGAGCUGAAGGAGGGAUCGCUGGAUAGCCUAAAGAAUCUGGAGGAGCUUGCUGCCCCGCACAAAGCGCCCCUUGAGAAGGAAGUUGAGCACGAGCAGUCCUUGAAGCAGUCAUCUAGUGAGGAAUCCCUGGAGGAGAUAAGCAAGGACCUGGAGGUGGACCUAGAGCAAGAGAAAACACAUUCAUUGCAAGAAAUGGAGGAGGAAAUUCAGAAAUUCGAGGAGGAGAUGAAGGAGGACGAUGAGGAGGAAGCUCAGAGUCUUCAUGAGCAGAAAGAAAAAUCCCUCAGGACUCUGAAAGAAGAUUUGGCCAAGAUUUCUGAGGAGGAAGAAUUGCGUGUCAGAAAGGAAGAAACUGAGAGACUCUUAGAGCUGAGAGCCAAAAUCGCCUCGGAGAUGGAGGCAGAGGAGGAGAAGAUAAGGGCAGAGCAGGAGGCGGCGCUGCAGAAGAUAAGAGAAGAGUGGGAGUCCCAGCAGGUGAUGGAGAAGGAAAGGCUGGAGAAGAAGCAGCAGCUUGUGCUGGAGAAAAUAAAGCUGGAACUGGAGGAAGCUCAGCAGAAAGAGAGGGCUGGGCUGGAACAGGAGAAGGAGCAAUUCCUGAGUGAGCUCAAGGAGAGACUGGCCAGGGAAAAGCAGAAGGCAGUAGAAGAGCUAGAGACACAGCUUGCAGCUGAACUCCAGCAGCUGAAAUCUGCGGCGGAAGAGAAGCAUCGUAAGGUCACUUCCAGCCUGCAAACCCAGAUAGCAGAGGCACAGAGGAGCGAGGAGGCUCGGCUGCGUGACAACUUGCAGAGAGCGGGGCACAAAGUGCAGCACAAAGCCCGUCAAGUGACCGAGUACGAACGUGAGCUCAGUGAGCUUAUGAGAGAGAAACGCCAGGAAUUGGAAAAAGACCAUGAGAAAAAAAUGGAGAGCAUGAAAGAGGAGCACCAGAAGGUCCUGGCACGGAUUCGGGAUCAGUACGAGGAGGAGGAGAGAAAGCAGAGGGCAGAGCUGCUGGAAGGCCUGCGCAGCGAGACCGUGCGGCUGCAACAGCUCCACGAAGCAGAGGCGAAAGCUCUGCAGGCAGAGCUGGACGAGCGGCUGACUGCACUGCAGCACAGGCACAGCGAGAAGGAAAGAAGACUCCAGGAUUCAGAAAACGAGCUUGAUGUCCGCAUGAAGAACAUCCAAGCCAGAUCAGCACAGCUCCUCAGCCAGGAGGAGUCUCUGAAGCAGAGAAGGCAGCAGCUGCUGGAUGAGGGCAAACGGAUGGAGCUAGAAAGAGACGAAGCUGCUGUAGCUUCCCAGGUCCGCCUGGAGGAGAGCAGGAAGGAGCAGGCCAACCUCCUGGAGUCCAUCCAGCAGCUGCGGAGGGGCCUGGAGGAGCUCCAGGACCAGAAGGCUGAGCUGGAGGUCCAGGUGGACUUGCUGCGGACGCGAAGCCAGAGGCUGCAGAAACGCAUCAGCGAGCAGGAGGCAGCUGUCAGGAGCAAACAGGAGACUCUGAAAGAACUGGAGGCAGAAGAAAGCCUGGAGUCUCCAAAAAGGAAAGCUGAGCUCCACGUGGAAGACCUGAGAGAAACGCUUCAAGCUCACGCAUCUGGAGAGCCUGCUUCCCCCCCCUCCCAAAGCCAUGAGGACAGCAACCUCCAGUUUGAUCAGGUCAGGAGCUACAUCUCUGCAGAAGAGGUCUCCAUCAGGAACGCCAAGGAGUUCCUGGUGCGCCAGACCCGCUCCAUGAAGAGGAGGCACACGGCUCUGAGGGCUGCCAAGCAGCAGUGGCGCCGAGACAUGCAGAGAGCGCAGGAGGCGGUGCAGGAUCCCGACAGCUCCCAGCUCCUGGAGGGCGUGCGCAAGAACCUGGAAGAGGAAGCGAAGGAGUUGAACAAGAUGAAGUCGGCUAUGCAGAAAGGACACGUGCUGCUGAAGAAGAAAGAGGAGAAGCUGAGCCAGCUGGAGUCCUCGCUGCUGGAGGAGCUUUCAGAUGAAGACACGCUGAGGAGUGCUCCGUGCAAGAAGAUGGUGACUUUUGAUCUCAGCAGCUCUGAGGACAUGGACAGCACAUCCAGUAUAAAUGCGUGUCAGCCCAAAUUUGAUUUGAGGUCCGACUUCUGGCCUGCCCCCCAGCAGAACAAGGUCCAGUACCUGACAGACUCUCUGCAGCGCAUCACUGGUGAACUGAACGGGGUGCUUGGCGUCUUGGGCUCUCUGAACCAUCCCCAGCCUCCACUCUUCACCUCGACAGCCUGCGGCGGUGUCCCUCUCUCUACGUACGCCUCCCUGGCAGCGCCGCAGGCGGGUGGCUCCCGGGUGGCUCCUGCCGGGGUGUCUCUGGCGGACCAGUGGGCCCAGAGCGCUGGGCUGAGCUCCAGCUGCUCUUCCUCGGCUGGGCAGUCAGUGGACAGCAUCCUGGCAGAGAAAUGGCGCAAGUAUUUCCCAGGUGGGCUCCCAUCGCUCAGUGGAAGCUCCAAGCCUCUGGACAACAAGCUGGGAUACGUACCUGCAGCUGAGCAAAUACGGCUGUUCCAGCGCUCCCAGCUCCAGAGCCAUGAGUUGGGCGAGAAGAGUAUUCAAAGGAUGAUUGAGAGCAACAAGAAAUGGCUAGAAGACUUCAAGAAGGAUUCCCAAGUACCUCUCUUCCCACAGGCACAGAAGCCCCUUGCCAGCAGCCCCAGCCUGCUCCAGCUAGGACUGGAUGAAAACAGACAAAUUAAAGUGUACCAGUACUAA